GGUUGCCGCGGUCCGGGAGGAUUCGGCAGCCUCUAGUGGAGCUCAGGCCCGCCCUAGUCCGGGCUCUGACCCUCCAGGCUGGGGCGGCCCUGGCUCCAGCCGGGUGCGGGCUGUAGGCUGCGAGGCCGAGCCCGAUGGGUCUGCCCGCGGCCCUGUGUGGAACGCGGAGAAGAGACGUUCCUGUUCCUGGGCUCGGGAAUGGGGCGUGCGAGCGGGAGACGGCGGGGCCUGCAGGGGAAGACAGGGGGUCCCACCAGGGCCGAGGCUCGGUGGUAUAUAGCAACCUGAGGACUUUUAGGUGUAUCAUACUGACUUUUGGGUCUGGGAUGUCGAGAAACUGUAUUUACUUUCAAAUGACCAGAUUUGCUGCUUUUGCAGAGGCUUCCAGUUCUUUACCUUCUGCCUUCUCAAAAAAUCUGAAACAGUUAAUUUUCAUGUGCUUAGGAAAGAAGAAAGGGCCUUGUGAACCUGGGAGUCUUUACUGUGUUCAUGAAGAAAUUGGGAAACGAUUGUUAAAGUGUAGCCAAAAAUGCGUAAUUUUCCCCGUUAAUUCACAUUUAGACCACAGUUUUGGAUUUACUCGCGUGUAGGUUUUUAGACGGUCAGAACUGUUCCUGUGGACCUUUAAUGGCCUUUGUAUAGUGGAAUGUGACGCCUGAUACAUACUGAAUGAAUAAAUGAAUGAGUGAAAUCAGCUGUCACUGAUGAAAACAACUCUUCCACUAAUUUCUCCGCAUUGACAAGCUGUCGAUAUUCAACCAGCAUGCCUUGGACUUUAUUGUGGGAAGACCCUGUUAUUUAAAAAUGACUCAACUGAAAUAUAUGGAGAGUGUGGGGUUUGCCCACGAGGGCAAAGAACAAAUGCACAGAAGUACUGUCAGCCUUGCACAGAGUCUCCAGAGCUCUAUGACUGGCUGUACCUUGGCUUCAUGGCGAUGCUACCUCUUGUUUUACAUUGGUUCUUCAUUGAAUGGUACUCGGGGAAAAAGAGUUCCAGUGCACUCUUCCAGCACAUCACUGCAUUGUUUGAGUGCAGUGUAGCAGCUGUCAUCACCUUGCUUGUGAGUGACCCUGUUGGCGUUCUCUACAUCCGAUCCUGUCGAGUGUUGAUGCUCUCAGACUGGUAUACCAUGCUUUACAACCCAAGUCCAGAUUACAUCACCACAGUGCACUGUACCCAUGAAGCUGUCUACCCGCUGUACACCAUUGUGUUUAUUUAUUAUGCAUUCUGCUUGGUGUUGAUGAUGCUGCUCCGUCCCCUUCUUGUGAAGAAGAUCGCGUGUGGAUUAGGGAAGUCUGACCGAUUUAAAAGUAUUUAUGCUGCGCUUUAUUUCUUCCCAAUAUUAACUGUGCUUCAGGCAGUUGGUGGAGGCCUUUUAUAUUAUGCCUUCCCAUAUAUUAUAUUAGUGUUAUCCUUGGUCACUCUGGCUGUAUACAUGUCAGCUUCUGAAAUAGAGAACUGCUAUGAUCUCCUGGUCCGGAAGAAAAGACUUAUUGUUCUGCUCAGCCACUGGUUACUUCAUGCCUACGGAAUUAUCUCUAUUUCCAGGGUGGAUAAACUUGAGCAAGAUCUGCCCCUCUUGGCUUUGGUGCCUACGCCAGCCCUUUUUUACUUAUUUACUGCAAAAUUCACUGAACCUUCACGGAUACUCUCAGAAGGAGCCAAUGGACAUUGAAUAUGAAAUGGCAAAAAUUCUAAGAAAUGUUUGUAAUAAAAAAGUAAAGAAAUUUUUAAAAAAUGUUAGGACUCAUCUGUCAUACACAGCAACAAAUUAUCAGUAUAGCUUAAUGUUUGUAUUUUGAUUUGUGAUCAGCAGACCAAUGGUUAGGCUUUUGAAAUAAACAGUAUCACAAUAUUCUGUUAGUUACACUCUGAGCCCUUUGAGGAUUUUUCAGCUCUUCGAAGCCUGUCAUGUUUUUGUAUGCCUAGUGAUGAGUGCUUUUGUUGUGUUAAGGAAGACUUAUCCACAUAGUCUGAGGUCUCUAUGGUGGCGUCUCUGAGUUUGAUGUGAUGCAAUUUGUUUUUCACCUUCAUGUAUAGAUAUACCUGUGGAGUCUGUUAACACACAUUGGAAUAAGUAUGUUUUUGCUAUUUAUUUUCACCAAUAUAGUAUUUUUAUAACAUUGCAAAAAUAAAGCAUACUUUAUAGAUUUUCUGUUUGUAAUUUGGUGGAAGACAUGUUCCGAUUAUUGUUCCUGUAAAGAAAACAACAGAACAUAACUACAAAAACCAUAAACAUUCUGACAUUUAAUUGGUUUUUACCAUAUUAAAUUGUGGAAGUAAUUAAAAAAUGUUAAGUAUUAAAAUUAGUAUUUUUUCUCAAAUAAGAAAUACAUAUUCACACAUGUUUUUAUUCCCUUACACCUAUUUUUGGGGAAAAAUGCAUGCUGUAUGUCAUUAAUCCUAUGACACUUUUACAUUGACAUUUCUGAACUAGGAUGCAUCAUAUGGCUUAUGGCUUCAUAGAGUCAAUGAAACAGAGUAUACGAACAGUUUUCCUGCGAACAGUUUUGAUAUAUAUGCUCGGAUGUUUAUACUCCAAACACUUCAAGGGACUCCUACUCACAGCCAUGUAUGUAAAAUAAACUAUUGCUCACUUACUUACCCUAGCCUGACCCUGUUUACCCAUUGUUUAGAAGACUGCUCCUUUUUUUGUGAUUUGAUAAGGCUGGGCAGAUUUAAAGCUUACUUGUUAAAGAUUUCAAAAUACAAAAAUAAGUGUACUCACGUUUUUAUGAAUUUUGUUUAUGCUUUUUGAAUUCAUAGCAAUUGUAUCUUUGAGUUAUUUUGUUCUUUACAAGUUCAUUUUUAUUUGUAAGAAAUGGACUCUUUUUGGUAUGCUUGAUUUUUUUCUUUCCUGUAGGAAUAAAAAAAAACAAUUUAAA